UAGGUUGAGCUGCACAGUUUAACCAACUAACAAACCCCAUACCCACUCCAUCACAGACUCUGGAUGCCUCACCAUUUUAAUCCUGAUGAGUGGAUCUUCCCAUUUUCCACACCAAAAUCAUUCUAGCUUCUUCGUAAAGCCAAAAAGCAACCAUGAUCGAUAUAACUCACCCCAUUCCGAUUUCCUUUGUUUUCCAUCUUUGUCACAACUCACACCCAACUUUUUGAUUAGAAUCGAAUACACAUCCUUAUGAAGGAAUGAAAGAGCGAAUGGAAAGGCUUGUAGGUCUUCCUUUCUCCACCGGCUGUUCUUCUCAGGAGAGCGUUACCGUUGGUAAAAGUCCCCCCAGGAAACCAAAAUCAGAAUCAAGUCAAUAUGUAACAAGUAAACAAGUAGGAAAAGAAUGUUCAUCCAAGGGAAGAACAAAGAACUCAUUUGGUUGGUUGCCUCUGCCAAAGCCCAACAUAUCCGAUGGGAUACACAGAUUGAUAAGGAGUACAGUGAAAAGCUUCUCUCAGUUAUUUGCUUACAAAGACAUAGAGGAAAUAGCAGCAGCAGAGAUGGAAAUUGGAUUUCCAACAGAUGUGAAGCAUGUUACACACAUAGGAUUGGAUGGUGCAACCACGACCAACCAUGUCAUGGGUUGGGAAAACUUCAACCCUCCUGAUAUUAUUGCUUUCCCAUCAAUUUCUUUAAGACAAUUCGAACUGGCCAUGGCUGCCCAGACUCAAAACGCACCACUCAUUGUUUGAUCCCUUUGAUGCCAUGAUUUUAUCAUUAAUUUGUAUCCUCCUCAAAGAGAGAAUUAAUUGAGGCAGAAUUCAUGCUAAUCAUGAAAACAAUGUGUGCGCCUUUUUGUGUAUAUGUAGAGCGUAAGAGGACAGAGGUGGAUGUAUGAGUUGAGCGAGUGUGAAUUUGAAUAUUUAAUUCACACUCAUAUCAUUGCAAU